AUGUAUUUCUGGGCCCACCCCCUCCCCUGGAUCUGCCAGUGCUGUCAUCUGCACACCAGCGCUCGAAGUGACUCAAAGAUGUUCAAUUUUUAUCCAGAUGAAAGUUUAUAUAUAAAGUGUAGCAUUUCUGAUUGUGUGUAUGGAAAACUUGGGCUUCGUGGAAUAUCAGGUACACAGAUAUUCACCUUAGUAGAAUUAAAUAUUUGUAUGAUACCAGUGGGAUACGAUUUUAGUGGUGCAUACCAAAAUUAUCUUGUGUUGUUUUCUCCAUAUAUAUUGAGAAUCCAUGGGAUAGAAAUUGUUAUGGAGUGAUCCUUGUAUAUUUUGAAUGUUGUAUACCCGGGGUUGUAUAUCAUGAAUGUCUUUAUGUAUUUGGAUCCGAGGUGCAUGUCACGCUGAAAUUCAACAGACACAAAACCUACACAAGACACAGUGAUGCUUUUAAUAUAUCAUUCAUGUUAUGUAGAUCAGUACAACCUCAAACUAAAAUAUGACAACUCUAUGAAACAAAAAAUAAUUACAAUCAAGAGAGAUUGGACGACAGACCUUGAUUGUUAGGGCCAGUUAUAACUGCACAUUUGUGCUCAUGUUUAAAUUGCCAUCUAUUCACAAGAUGAACAUUUAAAG